CACCUACGAAAACGACCAGUACAGAAUGCUGACGUUCUCAGUGGACCAGGGUGUUUUGAGCAUCAGUGUCGACCAUGAUACCUACUCUCCAACUCCCGAGCUGCAUUUCGCCACCGUCAAGGUUAUGGGGUCAGAGGGCAUACCCGAUGACGUCACUGUUGACGGUAACAAACUGUCAGGUUCUUUCAUCAAGACAACAGGAGGGGUGGACAAUAUGUGGUACCUAGAAGACCUGACCCUGGCCAUGAACCAGCGUCACACCAUCAGCUGGCCCGUACCGGUGGACCCAGCGUCAGGCGCGGUGUCUCCCAGGUCUACCGUGACCCUGAUGUUCGCUCUCAUCACCACUGUUUUACUGAUACUUUAGAAACCAGUGAUCUUAACAAAUAUUAAUGGUUUGGCCCAGUCUGGACUGGUUCAGACGCAGGGUCCACACGUGUAAUAAUGCAUUCUGCACUAAUGACCCUUUGGCCGGUUCAUAAGAAUGAAUGAAUGAACUUUAUUGCUCGACAAUCGUACAUGGUACAAUGUGUGACAGUAAUACAACAAUACUACAAAACUUAACUAUCUUAUUACAUUUCUUACUACAAACUAUUAUCUAAACAGUAUAUGCGUUACAAUAUGGUCAUGUAUUGAUGAUAUGGUCUCACUUAUAAAAUAAAGUGUAUAGAAAUAAGGGAGGAUGAACCUUACAGACCCGUCCAGAUUGGUUUAAACCUCAGUCUUAGGCCCUUUUCCUACAAUGAUUAAAGUGUCCGGAUCGAGCCGAAUUGAUUCGCUUUGAUCCGGCUUCGAUCCUGCUUCUAGCCGGAUCGGAGCCGGACGAAGCCAGAUCGAGCCGGAUCAAUUCUAGUAGAAUUGGGGCCAGGUGGGAACUGUUUGGGAUGCUCUUAAUUUCAUAUAUUCGUAGAUUGUUUGUCCAAACUUGACUUCUCAAGAGAACAGGAGUUGAACACUAUUCGAAUUCCUUCUACAUCUUGAUUCAAGGAUCGCCACGAAAUAGAGCAAGCUGCAGUAUAUGUGAUGGAGAUUCUGACGAGUUCAAUCUGUAAUGACUGCUAACGUCAAGAUUACUAAUCCUAAAUAUUAUUGUAGAAAAUUGUAUGC